AUGUUUGUUAACUUCUCAUCGUUAUUUGUGGUGGACAGUAUGAUUUCUGAUGAAACGUUGGAAAACGUUGGAAAAAAACGAACGAGAAGAUUCGAAUAUACAGCGAAAUAUAAAACAUUAGAGCAAAAAAUUUCAUAUGAUACACAAAUUCCACUAACCGAUGAAAAUCCAAUCGAUGAGAUAAUCUCUCAUAUUUAUGUAACAAAUAAAGUUCUACCAUUAUUUUACAAAGAUAUUGCGGAUGCAUUCCAUCGUUUUGUUGACGAGGAGACAUGGAAAUAUGAAACGGAAAUAGGUGAUGCUAUUAUCAAUGCAUUUCUCUGUGGAGCAGAUAGUACAGAUGAUCCACCAUAUGUUCGAGAAUUUCCUGAGUUAACAAAUACGAAACCUUCUGAAGCUCUACAGUUCGCAGAUCAAUUCCAGUUUAUUAUGCGAAAUUCAUCACCCGAACGAUUGAAAAUAAUCAUUGCAUGGGAAAGAAAAAUGGAAGAUGAAAUGUUGUCGUUGAUACGUGCUCGUGAUUUUGAACUUGAUCGAAUGUAUCGUAAAUGUGAGCAAGCAGUGAAUGCUAGUAUCACAAAGGAUGAUCGAGUAAUACCCGAAAGUGGACAGCAUUUAAGCUGCUUAAAUGAACAGAUUCGAGAAAUUAGCAAUAAUUAUGCUCAGCAAAUUCAUAUCUUAACAUCACGACAACGUAAAUUCUAUCGAAAUAUGAUCAAAAGUUUGUACGAACAUGAUGAAUUCCCAGCUGAAGCAGAAAUCACCCUAUCUGAUGAUACAACUCCAGUCAAAAGAUCUUUGUCAACAGUUUCAAGCUUCGAUACAACCAAAACACAGUCUAACCUCUCUUUGGAUGAAAGUUUCACAAUAUAUUUAGGCGCCCAGUUAAAAACAAUGCACAAUGCUCGAUUAUUAACUUCCCCAAGUUUGACAGAUCUGUGUCGUCCUCCUGUCUUUUUUGAGGAUGAUGUAUGUGCUACACGACGUUUGCAAAUGAAUCUCACUUUAUAUAGCAGAAGUUUAAUUAGUCUGGUACUUCUUGUAGGAAGAGAUCCUAUGUUUCACAUUAAUGAGCGAACAGAUUUCUCCAGGUUGUGCGAACAUUCCACCGAACUUCAUUUUGAAUCACUUGAAGAUCAAUUAAAACAAGUAAUACCACUGAUACCGAAAGCAAAAGAAGAUAUUCAUCGUGAGACGAAUGAUAAUGGUGAUGAUAAUGAUGAGUCAUUACUUCCAGUUGGUAGUUUAUAUGUUACUCGACAUUCCAAUCUUUCUUCAGUUCAGGUUAUCUAUCAUUUGGUUGUGGAUAAAUCGUUGGAGGACGAUGAAAUUUCUAGUAGGCAUCCAUGUAUCAAUGGUUUACGAAAUGCUAUCCGGUUAUCGGCUAAAUGUGGUGUAACAACAUUCACUAUACCCCUAUUGCUUGUUGGGAAAGCAAAAGAGCACAUGACGCCAAAUUGGUGUAUGAAGCGAGCCGAAUUAAUUUUCAAAUGUGUGAAAGGAUUUAUGAUGGAAGCAUGCUCAGGUAGCUCAACAGCUGGUGGUGGUCCUCCUACAGCUACAACACAUUUCAAUGUGAAUUUCGUUCUACCAGAAGAUUUGCAAAAGAUUAUUUAUGCUGAAAUUUUGGAAUUAUUCCCAACAAUAUUUCAUAUGGUACCAUCAGUAGUGAUGUAA